CAUGCGCCGUGCUAAUUGCCUCGCUGGUAUCCACGGCAAUUGCAUGGAGGAAGAUGCUGUAUCUAUGGUGCCCAAAACGCUCAGUGGAGAAGAAGGCAAACUGUCAUUGCUCUGCUGCUGUGUCUCUCUGGAAUUUACUGACGAAAGACGAGUCUUUUUGGUUGCAAAACGAUGUUUUCUCACUUUCAACUUGGAGCGUAUUCGCCGACUGUUCGACUGAUGUAUUCAGUUGGAAAAUGGGCAGUUAGAAAGGUGAAAGCAGCUAUCAAGAAAGGAAAAGAUGGUGAUGCGACGGAAAAAGUUGUUUUAGCUGCAACUAAAGAGCAGUUACCAGAUGAUGAUGAUCUCUCAAUGUUCCAUAAAGUUACUUUCAGUCCCAGUGUACCAUCCUCAUUCGUGAUGUCUACCGAUGCUGACGACGAUAUGUCCUCCUACAGCGAGAGCGACAGCUCUCUCGAGGAAGCAUCUCUAGAACUUAAAGAUUUCUUAGAUAUUUCUCCAGCUAUGGAAUCUUCGAGUCUUUCCACUAUUGUAAGGACCAGGAGUCUAAUCGAUUUGAGGGAGAAGCCACAGCCGAGUUGCCGUUUGGGGAAAUCAUUGUCUUUACCUUCGCUAGCAAUGAAAGACGCUGAAGAAAAGAAUGGUGGUGAAAAGCAAUGUCCAUGCGAAAGUUUUGCUCAAAAAAGCAGUGAGGAUAAUGAUACGUGUACUGGUCCACCUGCCUCUAGUUUUUACUCUACUCCUACAAUUAAGAAAGGAAAGAGCCGCGAAGAUUUGCAAGGAGAGAGGCCUAAUGAGAUAAAGUAUCGGUGGACUCUGUCUCUACCCAAUGUUAACAAGUAUUCUUCUAUGUCAUCGGCUACUUACGAUGAAAUGAGCUGUGCUUAUUUUUCUUCGGAAGAAGAAUACUUUGGGGACUAUAGUACUGACUUUGAGAUUAAGGAAGCUGUUACAAUAGCUCCUUCUUUGACUUCCGUCGUAAAAAAGAAGAACGUGGAAGGAAAGCAUCAACCAAUGCAGUCAUUCUCUCUACCCUCUCUCAAUACAUGGCAGUCUCGUAACUUCGAUGGCAAUCUUUCUCUACUUACUUCAAUGCGACAGAAGUCUCAAUCGUUAAACCUUCAUUUUCCAGUCAAACAGAAUAUAUCGUUUCCUGGAGCAUCAAGGCCACUGUCUUGGCUUACUAAAAAUGAAAGUAAAGCUGCUAGCUCUCCUACUAGGAGUCCUCCUAUAUGGAAGAUUAAAGAGUGGGAAAUAGAGUCAUGGUUUCCAACAUGUACUGCUACAGCUCCCCAAGUAUUGCAGAGGAGGUCUUUCUCUGAGCCUUACUUAGGAAAAUCAAGCACUAUACGAUUGAAAUUUAGCUACUCACUACCCAAACUGCACUCCUUCUCUAGUGGCUACAUGUCACAGAAACGCUCUCCUAAUCCCUCAAUUUCCUCUCUAUUGAAGUAUAGCUCAAGGCUUGCAGUUACUGGAGCUCAAAUAUUUUCUGAAGAUGAAGAUAAAGCAUGCAAUUCUACUGCUGAAGAGAAGGCAUGCCCUACUGAUACAAAAUAUCAACUUGUUACUGUUGAGCAGAAGGCAUGCCCUACUACUUCCAGUGUUCAACCUGUUACUAUUAAUGAGAAGGCACACUCUACCGUUAUAAGUGUUCGACACUUUACUGUUGAAGAGAAGGUAUAUCCUACUAUUGAAACUGCUGAACGUGUUUAUAUUGAAGAGGAGACUAAAGAGAAGGAAUCUUCUACUAAUACGAGUGCUCAACCUACUACUAAAGGGAAGAAAUCUUCUACUAAUACGAGUUCUCAACCUACUACUAAAGGGAAGGAAUCUUCUACUAAUACGAGUUCUCAACCUACUACUAAAGAGAAGGAAUCUUCUACUAAUACGAGUUCUCAACCUACUACUAAAGGGAAGGAAUCUUCUACUAAUACGAGUGCUCAACCUACUACUAAAGAGAAGGAUUCUUCUACUAAUACGAGUUCUCAACCUACUACUAAAGGGAAGGAAUCUUCUACUAAUACGAGUGCUCAACCUACUACUAAAAAGAAGGAAUCUUCUACUAAUAGUAAAGAUGCUGAUCCGAGCAUUCAAUCUACUAAUAAUAAAGAAAUAAUUCUUCAACCAGAAGUACCCAAAUUGGGUGGAUUGAUAGGACUAAAGAAUUCAAAAAACUCUUGCUAUUUAAAUGCAGUAUUGCAGUGCGUCAGUCAUACAACGAAACUGACUGAUUACUUUUUGUCUGGUGAAGCUAAAAAGGAACCUGGUUACUCGAGUAAAAUAAUUGGAGCUUACAAUAGUUUCUUAAAAGAUAUGUGGAUGCCUAAAGAAAAUACUAAAGCUGUAUUGCCUCGCCGCAUUCGCGCAGCUCUAACACCCUCCAUUGAUAUCCUUCAGGAAAAUGGUCAAGAAGAUGCUCAAGAGUUUCUUCAGUAUUUAUUGCCUUGUCUUCAUGAUCACAUUAAUAAACCUCCUUUGGAUUCUCCAAGAACCAAAGCACUCAAAAGAAAUAAUGGUUUGAUAAGUAUUACUCCUCCUGUGCCAAUCUCUUCAGAAUUUAUGAAAAGUUGCUUUUCAGAACUAUUUAUGGGUCAGACUAAGAGCAGCCUCACUUGUCACAAGUGCAGUAGAACCUCAUCAAGUGUUGAAAGCUUCUGGAAUCUUUCCCUACCACUUCCUACAAAAGGCUUAUUUAGCAAGUAUGUUUCAUUCACAUUGUCGGAUUGUUUCCGACUAUUUGCAGCUGAGGAGAAACUUAUAAAAGAGAACAGACCUAGGUGUAGUAAAUGUGGUACCCUGCAGAACUUCAGUAAGAAACUGGAAGUUCAAAAGUUCCCUGAAUCCUUCAUAUUACAUCUCAAGAGGUUUUCAUUUCAAGAUGGUCACCUUGUCAAACUGACCUCAGCAGUAAAGGUUCCCACUACACUGAGUGUAAAAGAAAUAGCAGCAGAUAAAGAAUCUGCUAAAUCAUUUUAUUAUGAACUCUAUGGUGUUAUUCAUCAUUCUGGUUAUUUGGAUGGUGGCCAUUAUCAGGCUGACUGCAAGCACAAUGGCAAAUGGUAUAAUUUCAAUGAUGACAUUGUAUCUAAAAAGAGUACUGCUGAGAUAACAGUCCCUUCAUCCUCUCCUUAUUUAUUAUUUUAUGAGAAGAAGCAAUUUGAAGUGAAGGCCUCAUGAGCUUACGCUAUAGAAAUGUAUUAUAAUAAACUGACUUCAUUUCAAAUAAUUUAAGUACUAGUACUCUGACAUGCAAAUAAUUAUACAUACACACAUGUAGUGAGUAUACAUGUAAUUAAUUUAGCUA